AUGGGUAACAACUGCACAUCAAUAACAUCUGUUCAAACUAAUACACAAGCUAGUGCUAAACAAGUAUCAAACUUUUCCAAGGAUGCACUUGAAAAUCGGCGUAUGAACAUGCAAAGAAUGCGAAGUGUUCUCCUGAUUUGGUUAGAUAACAAUGUUAAAGAUCACGAUGCUGAUUGUAAUAAUUCAAUCAAUCAAUUGAAACGUGUAGUUACGAACGUAAACACAUUUACUGAUGUUGAACAAUGUGUUGACUUUAUUCAAACCACUACCUACAACAAAGUAUGUAUGAUUGUUUCUAGUUCACUUGGUAAACAUGUUGUGCCUCUUGUGCAUGACUUGUCCCAAGUAGAUACCAUUUUUAUUCUUUGUGACAAUCAAGAAUGGCAUAAACAAUGGGUCGAAGAAUGGCCUAAAAUAAAAGGAGUCUUCACUGGUAUGUCAUCAAUAUGUGAAGCACUGAAACAAACUGCUCACCAAUGUGAGCAAAAUGCUAUCUCAAUCAGCUUUGUGGCACCAAACAAAAAUGUGGAUCAAUUAGAUCCAUCAUUCAUGUAUACUCAGAUCUUGAAAGAGAUCCUAUUAACCAUCGACUUCGAAGAUAAACAUUUCAAACAAUUUAUUACUUAUUGUCGUGAAACAUUUGUUGAAAAUGAGUAUGAUUUACAUAAUAUUGAAAAAUUGGAAGGUCAUUAUCAUAAUCAUACACCGAUCUGGUGGUAUACUUAUCAAUAUUUUUUAUAUUCGAUGCUCAAUCAAGCAUUAAGAUUAAUGGAUGUUGAUAUUAUUCUUCGAAUGGGUUUCUUUAUUAAUGAUCUACAUCAUGAUAUUCAACGACUCCAUUCAGAACAAUUUGAUGAUCAACAAUCUGGGAAAACAUUUACAGUUUAUCGUGGACAAUGUCUGUCAAAAGAAGAUUUCACUGAAAUGACAAAAACUAAAGGUGGACUUCUUUCAUUUAAUAGCUUUUUAUCGACUAGUAGAAAUCGUGAUGUUUCUCUCUUUUUCGCACCACAAGCUGCUACAAAUCCUGAUCUUGUUGGAAUUCUAUUUGUUAUGUCAAUUAACCCAACUGAUUCAACAACUCCAUUUGCCUCUGUUACAGAUGUUAGUUACUUUCAUACAGAAGAUGAAGUUCUCUUUUCUAUGCAUACCGUUUUUCGUAUUGGAGAUAUUCAACCAAUGGAUGAAAAUAAUCAUCUCUAUCAAGUGAAUCUAACAUUAACCAACGACAACGAUCAAGACCUGCGACAUCUCAGCGAUCAGAUCCGGCACGAGACGUUUCCAAAUGAACAAGGGUGGUACAGAUUGGGACUAUUACUGAUUAAAAUGGGUCAAUUUAUCAAAGCUCAAGAAAUCUAUAAAGUUUUACUUCGUCAAGCAUCAGAUGAGAGCGACAUGGCACCGAUUUAUUAUCAACUAGGCUGGAUUAAACAGAAUCAGGGAGAAUAUCAAGAAGCACUUUCAUCUCAUGAAAAAGCUCUUACAAUUCGACAACAAUUACUUCCCGUCAAUCAUCCUGAUUUGGGAGAUUCCUAUAACAGAAUCGGUAAUGUAUAUGACAGCAUGGGUGAUUAUCCAAAAGCACUUUCUUAG